CUGCGCCUUAUGAAGAUUGGCUGGAUUGGCUGGAUUGGCUGUUCACUCUAUACUGAUCGUUUUGAGAUUGAUAAACGAUAGAGUGCCAAGUAGUACUGAACGUUCAUUUGUAAUUCUGCGUGAUCCAGAAAUUUCUACACAUUUUGCGAACGGAACCUAUCACAUAAAUUUGUACUGUUUCUCUCUGUUAAAGCAGUUUGUGUCACUCGGUCUACCUUUAUCGAUCGUAAGUUUUCUCCUUGCAAGCAGUGCCCGAUUUUCUAUUAUCCAAAAUGUCCUUGUUCGGAUCUCCGAUGGGUGAUGACGACGAUCUCAUUUUUGAGUCUUCAAUGCCAUCUAUGAGACAUAUGAGGUAUAUGAUGAACUCUUUAUUCAAUGAUCCGUUUGGAAUGAGUCAAAAUGCUAUUACUAAUGAUACUCACAGGAGUAGGAAUCCUCAGAAUGAUCUUCAAAUGAUGCAGUUUGGUUUUCCACCGAUGAUGUUUAAUAUGGAUAGAUUAUUUCCAAAUUUUGACAACAUGGCGCCAAAUGGAAAUUGUCAUUCCUUUACUUCUAGAUCUGUAAUGACCAUGGCUAGUGGUCCUGAUGGACAGCCACAAGUAUAUCAAGAAACCAUGUCUACAACAACUGCGCCUGGAGGCGUAAAGGAAACAAAGAAAACAGUUUGCGAUUCUCACACAGGUGUAAAAAAGAUGGCUAUAGGUCACCACAUUGGUGAGAGAGCACAUAUUUUGGAACGAGAGCAUAAUGUUCGUAGUGGCGAGCAAGAGGAGCGUCAAGAAUUUAUUAAUCUUGAAGAAGAAGAAGCAGAGAGUUUCAAUAAUGAAUGGGAAACACGCACUCGUCAUGCAGUUGGUGCAAUUGGCAAUUCUCGUUAUGGUGCCCAUGGUCAUAGAAGUCGUCCUGACCAUAGACAACUGGCUUUACCUGAUCCAUCGGGAAGUCGAUACUCUAAUUCUUCAAGAUGGACACCCUCUCCUAGGCGUAAUUUAAGAUUGCCACCUACAUCUAAAACGCAUACCUCUGCUCCUGCUUUAAGUUCUGAUACAUCUGGACAUGUCAAAACAAUUGCUGCUAAACCAACAGCAACAGCAACAGCAACAGCAACAACAACAGCAACAGCAACAGCAACAGCAACAGCAACAGCAACAGCAACAGUAACAGCAUCUUCUGCAAAUGCAAUAGGGAACCGAAAACGUGAACAUACACCAGAGGCUAAAGUUUGCAAAAAACGUCACGCUGUGUCAGAUAGUAAUAUUUAGAUCUUCUAUUAGAAUCUAUUAAACUAUAUUCUGGCAAUGCUGCGAGACUUCAGUAAAUUUAAACUCCGUUUAAAACAAUUUUCGGAAAUAUAACAAAAUUACUCGUUUUACUUGAUUCGCAAAAUUUAUAUUCAAUAAUCAACUUUUUAUAUAUAUCUCGUAGAUUUAAAUAAAUUAAAAUGCACCCUCUCCCCAAAGGGCAAAAAUUAAAUUUUAUUUGAAGUACAAUGUGUCCGUAUUUACUGAAGUUUCCAUUGAAGUUACUUUCCAUUUUACGUAUAGUCUUACUGUUUCUAGAAUCUUUAUGGAUGACAAAAUAUAAUUAGAUAUAGAAAUUCUGCGGGAUAAUGUAUAACAAGGUGUAUGAAGAGUGUGAGAGUAAGAAUGCAUAAAAAGUAUAAUUCUCAGUUGUUUUUAGUGCGUUUCUAGAUGCAUUAUCAAAGGACUGUUACAGGAUUAUUUCUCGUAAAGCUUAAUUUAUAGGUAAAAUAGAUCUGAAAUGUUUUGUGCUUGGGUAAAACAAUUAUUGAAGUAUUAUCGUUUACGUUCUGAAGUAUUUUAUCUGUUUAGAAAACAUAUCUCGAAGAUUAAUUUUAAGCAAAAUUUAAUUUUUAGGUAUAUUAUUUUUGGUACAAAUUGUAUUUGAGCUCUAAGUGUUCGUAAAGAGUAUAUUCAACAAUGCCAAAUAUAAUAGGAAGGAACAUAUUUUGGAGUAGCGUAUUUAUCAAUAAAUGAAUAACAUCAUGUAAUAA